CAAAGUUCCCUUCAUGUCACAAGAAAUACGACCAACUCACAAUCCAGCAAAUGCAUCCAAAGCUUCCGGGAAAGCCCAUGUAUCCUCACAUCACCUUCCAAUCGCAUGACCGUGAAAGAGGAAAGUUAUGGCGUCUCAUUGAGAAUGCUGAGGUCGGGCAGGCAACGAGGUCUAACGGGAUCAAUACAACCCUGCUGAUUAAUGGGCAGAUUUCUCUUCUCAGUUUAGUGUGUCAGAGAAGAAUCAUCUGCCAAGACCAAGAUUGGUAAACCAGGUCUCUUCGGUCUUUAAGAGUCGCAUUUCCAUUGCAAAGUAACCCUGCUCUGGACCUUCUUUGAAGCUUUGUAUCAUUUAAUACCGCGCCUUCUGAUUUGCAAUCAAUACGACCCUUGCAAAGCAGUGUGAAUCAAACCGUCAGCCUGGAGCAAUUGGCUUUUUGUAGAAUAAGUUAUUUUCACUUUGUUCCUGGGUCAAGUUUACGUAAUAAUGGAAAUGCAAAGUUCACCAAACUGGGAUGAAAAAGCAGCAAAGCUUGAAUCAAGGUCUCAGUUGCAUUUCAAUUGCUAAGUAAGUAUUUUUUGUAACUUUUGCAUCAUUUAACACUGCUUCUUCAGAUCCACAAUCAAUACGACCCUUUCAAAACUGUGGGUCAAGCUUCACUUUGUUCCUGGGUCAAGAUUACGAAAGAUCGGAAUCGCAAAUGCCUUGACGCUCCAACAAGCCCGGCAAAGCUUGACCUGCAACAUCGUGAAUCCUUCGAACCCAAGUGCAACUAAGCGGACGACAUUGCUGUGAGUGAGUGCAUGUGGUGGUGGCCCUCAGCAUGGUGUUGCCACCACCAGACAAGCGGCAUGUGUGUCUUACCACCUUUGUGAUCAUGACCAGCAUGGCCUUCAUGGACGCCUACCUGGUGGAGCAGAACCAGGGUCCACGGAAGAUCGGUGUCUGCAUCAUCGUCCUGGUCGGGGACGUCUGCUUUCUUAUCGUCCUCCGCUAUGUGGCGGUUUGGGUCGGAGCAGAAGUGCGGACGGCUCGGCGAGGAUACGCCAUGAUCCUGUGGUUCCUCUAUAUCUUUGUGUUGGAGAUCAAGCUUUACUUCAUCUUCCAGAACUGUAAGGCUGAUCGUAAGAGUCUGGAGACUGUCGCCCGGAAGGCUUUAACUUUAUUGCUGUCUAUUUGUGUGCCAGGCCUGUACCUGGUUCUGGUGGCUCUGGAUAGCAUGGAAUACUUCCGUACCUUCAGGAGAAAGGAGGACAUGAGGGGUCGGCUCUUCUGGGUGGCUUUGGACUUGCUGGACCUGCUGGAUAUGCAGGCAAACCUUUGGGAGCCACAGCGGACGGGUUUGCCUAUUUGGGCUGAAGGUUUGAUGUUCUUCUACUGCUACAUUUUGCUUCUGAUUCUUCCCUGCGUGUCUUUGAGCGAGGUCAGCGUGCAGGGCGACCACGUGUCUCCGCAGAAGAUGAUGCUCUAUCCUCUUCUCAGUCUGGUCACCAUCAACAUCGUCACCAUCCUCAUACGUGGCGUCAACAUGGUGCUCUUCCAGGACAGCCGGGUCUCCACCAUCUUCGUCGGGAAGAACGUGGUGGCCAUCGCGACCAAGGCGUGCACCUUUCUCGAAUACCGGAAACAGUCACGGGAAUUCCCGAAUCGAGAGAACGCAACCGGAAUUCCCAUGGAAGUCCAGCAGAACUCGGUGGGACAUGGACAAGCUCUUCCGAAUGCAACGAGCCUCCCACAUGAACCCACUCCAGCACGGGAUAUUAUGGAUACAUGACCAAGGAACCAAAAUUAAGUCUUUGGUUUGAUGCAAGAGCCAACAAAAAGCAUCAAAACCAACAGAUAAGAUGAACCGGUGAACUGUUUUGAAGUACUUUGAUACAACAUUUCAGCAUCAUAAGGUGCUUUGUCCUCUUCUUGACGGAGGUAAAUCAGCCAAUUUUGAGCGGUGUUGUUCAAAGGAAAACAUUCAGUGUCUUAUAAUUUGUUCAACUCCAUCUUCUCCACAGUUAGCAAUGAAGAACUGCUGUUUUCAUUGGAGUGCCUGCGGUGCAAAAUCCUUUCCCCAUGAGACCAAACUCUUGUUCCCACGUCCACUUUUCUGUCAGACUGAAAUUUCCCUUUCUUGCAAGUACAGAAUGGUGGAACUAAAGUGUAAUGAGUUUAUUAUUGAAGGAACUAGACAGAUGAGGUUGAUAUUAUGACCAAAUGUUGAGGAGUAGUCCUACAUGCCUGCAGUAUGUGUUUGCGCUCGUGUUUUAUGAUGUGUUGAUGACGUUACAGAAAUUAGAUUAAAUAAGAAAGUAAGAAAUUUGUAUCCGAUGAGUAUAUAGAAUUUCUUAGGAAAUAAGCGAAUGCACUUCCAAUUGAUUGGUAUAUGGAUUAUUAUUGUUGUUAUCAUUAUAUAUGUAUAUACCACUUGUGUACU